UGCAUUGUGGAUUUUCUCUUGACUUCUCAGUUUUUAUUGAGCCGUGCUUCGUUGAGUGUUGUGGUGGUGGAAACGUAUUCAAUCAGUCAGUCAAUCAGUUUGACUGUCUAUUCAAGUGAAUCGAUCGAUUGAUCUAAACUCUCUUCUCGUUCAUGUUUCUUUGUUUUCGCCCGUUCAUUAGCCAUUGUUCGUCGUGUUCGUGGUGUUAAUAAAAAGUGUGUGUAGAUCGCCAAGAAACAGUUGAAAAAUAAAUUAAAAAAAGCAAGAAAUAAAAAUAAUUAAUUUACCGAAAAAAUAAAAAAAAAAAAAACAAAAAUAGUUAAUUGUGGUUUUGUCAAAAUCAUAUGAUUUUUUUCGUUUUUUGGUCAAGAUCAAUCCGGCAAGAUAAACUAGCAAACGAACAAUAAAAGGAAAGCUGAAAUCUCCAAUUUUGGCAAAAAUACCAGAAGGCUUGAAAACAACGCAAAACUGAAAUAUAUUCUGCUGACGAAUAAAAAAAAAUACCCAAUUCACCUUUAAAAAUAUAACUUACUCAAUUCGAAACGUUGAUCGUUUAGUCAGUCCACAGAAUGGAGAAGACAGCGAAAAUAUCACAAUUAAAGUUUUGGAACAAGCAGAACAACAACACAAGCAAGGACAAAGAUAAGGAUGCUGAGGUGACUGAAACUAAAAAUGGUGCUAACAAAGAGGAUUCGAAGGCAGGAAAACGUAACUGGUUGCACACACCCGAAGCCCUUAUAAAUGGUCAUGUUGUCUAUCUAGUCAAGUUCUUUGGCAAUGUCCCGGUUGACCAGCCCAAGGGCAUUGAAGUCGUCAAGGAUACCAUACGCAAACUGCAAUUUGCCCAACAAAUGAAAAAAGCCGAAACGGGUACUCAAGAGAAAUUCAAGAAAGUCGAAAUCACUAUUAGUGUAGAUGGUGUAGCGGUGCAGGAGCCCCGCACCCAAAAGAUUCUACAUCAAUUCCCAUUGCACAAUAUCUCGUAUUGUGCCGACGAGAAGGGUGUCAAGAAAUUCUUUAGUUUUAUUGCAAAAACUGUGAAACCAACAUCGGGAGAUAACACUUCGAACGGCCGUGGCAGUAGUCCCGAUGGUUCAACACAAUCCUCAUCGACUGCCGAGGAUACACACGAGUGUUUUGUGUUCAUAUCGAAUAAGUUGGCAUCGGAUAUCACAUUGACCAUUGGUCAGGCAUUUGAAUUGGCAUUUAGAAAAUAUGUCAGCUCCACCGAAAAAACAGAAUUGGGCAAGGCCCAGCAACAGAUUGCCGAUUUGGAGAAAACUGUAAAUAUCUACAAGAAUCGGCUGAGAGAUCUCUCUGCAAAAUUGGCCAAAUCAGAUUUGGAUGCCUAUUUGUUUAAACAAAAUAUCAAAGAUAUUCUGGAAGUACCAGCACAGACCAUUACCACAAAUGGUGAUGUAUCCACUCAGAAUCUUACCAAUGGUUCGAAUGGUCUAACAAAUCACGACGAUAAGACCCUGUUGAUUGAUACCAAUUCGAAUUCAUCAAACUCCUUGAAAUCAUCGCUAUUCUUACCCGCUGUACCGCCACGUAACAACAACAACGCCAACACCAAGUCCAUGAAUAAUAAUGCCCAAAAAAUGGAAGAGCUAUUAUUGAAUUCCGAUUCGGAUAGUGAUUUUGAUCCACGUGCAGAGGAGUCAACAGAUGGCAAUAGCACUGGUAGUGGUAAAAAUAUAAGCAAUGAUUUGUUUGGCUUCGAGCCAUCCAAUUCGUUUGGCCAACAAUUGUUCUAUAACAACAAUGAUAAUAAAUUCCAUAAUAACAAUAACAACAACAACAAUACCAGCAUUAUUAGUAAUAACACAUUCAGUGAAUUGACCAUAACACCACCAUUGUUGGCUCCACCACCCAAAGUAUCGGCCUCACGUCGCAGUACCUCGGUAACCAACAGCAACAAUAGCACUUCACCAAAUGCCAUUAACAAUUUAUUGACCAAUGGCAACAUUACAACCAACAAUAACAAUCUUGCCGAUCUUUUUGGUUCGGAUCCCUUUGAUACAUCCAACACUGACACCCACCAUCAAAGUAUUUUCCCCCAGAAACUGAGUAAAAUCUCUGUAGAUGAUUUCACUUUGGAAAGUUUGGAUCCCCUAAGGAAAUGAUUUGUUGCUUCAUGGAGAAACAAAAUGAGAGCAUGGUAGCCAGUUUGUUUUUUUGUUUGUAAAGUUAAUCUACAUUCAGGGAGAGAUCGAACGAUCGAACGAUCCUCCCACAAUAUUGAGAUGUGUAAUGUUGUCAAAUAUAUUCUAAACUAUAUAAAUUGUAUAAUGAAUAGCUUACUCCCACAGCGUCCCUAUGAUUUCCUAACCCCCAACCCCCACAAUAUCUCUUCUCUCAUUUAUCUCCUCCUCUCUAAAUAAUGUUUUGUUAAUUUAAGUUACAACAAAUGGAACUUUAUUCGUAUAAUGUUAGUUAUGUAUUUAUGUUGAAUGUAUGUGUGAUUGGAUACAAGUGAUUAUGAACCCUUACUCCGCACCACCUAAAACAGGAAAGAGAAAUUCGUUUUGAUCGGCCUUCUAUUAUAACCCCCCAGUAUUUUAGAAGAACAAAAAAUAUAAGUGUGGAAUGUUAUCGAAAAUCAAAUUUAGCCCAAUUUGAAUAUUGUAUUUGUAUUUUGUAUAAAAUAAAUAAUAUAAUUAUAAUAAUAUUAAUCGUUUAUUUGAUAAAUAAGAAUAAAUUUAUAAAAAAAUAAA